CUGCUCUGGUCAUCACUGCCACAACUGCUAAAAUGGAGGUGGUUUCAGCAGAAGUCAACAGCUUGCUCCCUGAGGAAAUAAUGGACACUGGUAUGACUCUGGUGGAAGACGACAGCAUCGAGGCAGUUAUUGUGUCAUCCCCAAUGGGAGAUUCUAUUCCCAUGGAAACUGAACUGGAAGAAAUAGUGAACAUAAGCUCCACCAGUGACUCCUUAGCUACGACUACGGGCGCAGUCACCACAGAAUCAGUUACUGCACCCAGCAAUCACUCGGGUGACGUUACAGUGAACACCACAACCCCAAAAACUGAUGUGAAUGCAGUAGUAAAGCCUACCUUUCCAAGUGGCCUCCAUAAACUUGGUGCUCAGACCCCUGUCACUAUAUCAGCCAAUCAAAUUAUUCUGAACAAGACUGCUGAUAUUAAAAUAGGGAAUCAGAGUAUUAAACCGGAUGGGCAAAAGUUAAUUGUAACAACUUUGGGCAAGUCUGGCCAGCCUAUUGUUUUAGCAUUACCCCACAGCCAACUCCCGCAGGCUCAGAAGGCCACAUCCCAAGCCCAAGGUGGAGACUCCAAGGUACAAGGCCAGCAGAUCAAAGUUGUUAUUGGAGGUCGGUCAGAAGUGAAACCUGUUGUUGGUGUCUCAGCUUUGACGCAAGGAAGUCAGCUGAUAAACACUGCAGCCCAGCCUUCUGUUUUGCAGACCCAGCAAUUAAAAACAGUACAGAUUGCGAAGAAGACCCGAACCCCAACUUCUGGCCCAGUGAUCACCAAGCUGAUCUUUGCAAAACCAAUCAAUAGCAAAGCUGUUACAGGGCAGACCACUCAAGUGUCACCAGUCAUUGCAGGUAGGGUUCUUUCACAGUCUGCUCCAGGAACACCACCAAAGACAAUAACGAUCUCUGACAGUGGAGUCAUUGGAUCAUCUUUGAGUACAACACAACAGACACCGAAUAAAAUAGCUAUCUCACCACUCAAAUCUCCUAAUAAGGCUGUGAAAUCAGCAGUGCAGACCAUUACUGUAGGAGGAGUGGGUACAUCUCAAUUCAAGACAAUUAUUCCCUUGGCAACUGCACCUAAUGUUCAGCAGAUUCAGGUACCUGGAAGCAAGUUCCAUUAUGUCAGACUCGUUACUGCCACAACAGCCAGUAGUUCAACCCAGUCAGCCAGUCAUCCUAGUACAAAUACACAACCUCUUCAACAGGCUAAGCCAGUGGUGGUGAACGCAACUCCAGUGCGGAUGUCUGUUCCUAUAGUGCCAGCACAGACUGUGAAACAGGUAGUGCCCAAACCGAUCAACCCAACCUCCCAGAUAGUUACUACUAGUCAGCCCCAACAAAGACUUAUUAUGCCAGCCACUCCACUGCCACAGAUACAGCCCAACCUCACCAACCUCCCACCAGGCACUGUACUGGCACCAGCACCUGGCACAGGAAAUGUCGGGUAUGCAGUCCUUCCAGCUCAGUAUGUCACACAGCUACAACAAUCAUCGUAUGUAUCUAUAGCAAGCAACACUGGCUUUACAGGGACAUCUAGUAUCCAGUCCCAAGCACGGCUACCAUUCAAUGGAAUAAUUCCUUCUGAAUCUGCAAACCGCCCCAGGAAGCCUUGCAAUUGUACUAAAUCUCUAUGUUUGAAAUUGUAUUGUGAUUGUUUUGCAAACGGUGAAUUCUGCAAUAACUGCAACUGUACAAAUUGCUAUAACAACCUCGAUCAUGAAAAUGAUAGGCAAAAAGCAAUAAAGGCCUGCCUUGACAGAAACCCUGAAGCCUUCAAGCCCAAAAUAGGGAAAGGAAAGGAAGGAGAAUCGGAUCGGAGACACAGCAAAGGUUGUAACUGUAAACGCUCGGGAUGUCUCAAAAACUACUGUGAAUGUUAUGAGGCAAAAAUUAUGUGUUCUUCCAUAUGCAAAUGCAUUGGCUGUAAAAAUUUUGAAGAAAGCCCGGAGCGAAAGACAUUGAUGCAUUUGGCAGAUGCUGCAGAAGUUAGGGUCCAGCAGCAGACCGCUGCAAAGACCAAGUUAUCCUCCCAGAUCUCAGAUCUGCUGACAAGGCCAACACCAGCACUCAGCAGUGGUGGUGGGAAGCUGCCCUUUACAUUUGUAACCAAGGAGGUAGCUGAUGCAACCUGCGAAUGCCUUCUCGCACAGGCAGAGCAAGCAGAGAAGACGGGCAAGUCAAAAGCUGCUGCAGAGCGCAUGAUCCUGGAGGAGUUUGGACGCUGCUUGAUGAGAGUUAUUAACUCUGCGGGGAAGUCCAAAAGUGACCCUUGUGCCAUGAACUGCUGACUCAUGCACAUGAGCCACAAUGAAGUGGACUGAACAGAACACUUAAGGCACAGGGACACUUUGGUUUGGCAUAGAGGAUUUAAUAUUUGUUAAUUUGGUGCUUGUAAAUUGACCUGCGUAAGAUUGAAACAAGAAAAUCUUUUAUAACAA